GCGCGCUCAGACCAGCUCGCUCACUCUUUUCCUCUUCCAUUUUUAGGGCAAUUGUUUUGUUUGAUAGACGAAGCUUAGGGUCUCUUUGGGUUUGCAACCCUUACCCUCCUGGAAAAAAUCAUAGUUGCUAGCCUGCGACACUUCAGACCAGGUACUAUUAGAGCCGCUAAUGGACGACGAGCUAUUUUCCGCUAUCCGGAGCUCAAGCAUUUGAGCCGCUAAAUGGACGAGACUCCUGGGGUAAAGGAUGCAGAGAAUAAUGAGGAGAAAACACUCGUAUGGAGCAGGGAGGAGGUAUUGUACUACUUCCUGGUAUGGAGCACUGAGAAGCGCAUUAGGCGAUUUGAUCGCAGGACAAGAGAGGAGCUGAUGGCCGAUCUCUCCAGUGUCCCUCUUGGUUCGGAGCAGCGCCGAGUGCUGACGUUGGGACUUGGUAACCACCCCUGUAGUAUGGGCAAAGGUGUGUUCACUGGGGAGUUGAUCCGUAUCCGUCGGUUUUCGACCCUUGACCACCACUACGAAGCUGCUGCCGAGCGGCCGAAGCAGGCUUUCCGGGCCCGUGUAUACAAGCGCUCCAUCUUUCAGACCCGUACACUAGGAAUGGAUGCGCAGGGAAGAGUUCUAGCAUCCGUAGCUGCCUCAGGGGGUGCCACUUUUCCCAUCAGCGUCGACUAGUCCGCCGAUCUCACUCAGCUCUGCUCUCCGAGCAUUCUGCUUCCAACACGACUUCCCGAAAGGUAUGUAUGGUGGCUAAUAAAUAGUAAUAAUGCGAGAGUCUUGAUGAAUGGUAAUAACUCCGGAAAUCAUGCUGGUGUAUCGAGGGCGUUGGCCAAUGAAGUGCUGGAUUGAUGGUGGAUGAAUGUACUGCAAUCUUGGCUGGUCCCACUAUCGCAGAGACAGCACUUCCUGGUGCAACCACCCUAUCCUGCAAUCUAUAUAAUAAUUAUUAUAAGAGAUUUGUGUGAACGAUUUUAGCAUGAUGCAAGUCAGCUUAUUGUGCCGGGGGCCUGGCUACAUGUCACUAUAGCUUUUUAUAGACUCAAUCACCGCAUUACGCUGCCUUGCGUUGACUUGAUUGAGCACUCUUUUUGGUUAGUGUCAAAGGUAUAUGUAAUAAGGAUCUGCCUUCGUGCAAAGCUCUCUUUGUACGUGUCUUGCAGAUAGCUCGCUGACUUUGAUGCUUUGAGCCAUUUUCAAAUUGCUUUUUUGUUCAUUUCAUAUAGACCGUAUUGCCAUUUGUUUAACCUCCCGCUCUGAGCUCCACUGAUGGGA